GCCUGCGCAGGGAGUGUCGGUCGGGGUUGAGCCAGGCCAAGCCAGGCCGGACCGGGCGCGCUGACAGGAUGGACGAGGACGUGCUGACUACGCUGAAGAUCCUCAUCAUUGGCGAGAGCGGCGUCGGCAAAUCCAGCCUUCUGCUGCGGUUCACAGAUGAUACAUUUGACCCGGAACUUGCAGCAACCAUUGGUGUGGACUUCAAGGUGAAAACUAUUUCUGUUGAUGGAAACAAAGCUAAACUGGCAAUAUGGGACACUGCAGGUCAGGAGCGGUUCCGAACCUUAACACCCAGUUACUAUAGAGGUGCACAAGGUGUUAUCCUAGUUUAUGAUGUCACAAGAAGAGAUACUUUUGUCAAGCUGGAUAACUGGUUAAAUGAACUGGAAACAUACUGCACAAGGAAUGACAUAGUGAAAAUGCUAGUUGGAAACAAGAUUGAUAAGGAAAACCGUGAAGUUGACAGAAAUGAAGGUCUCAAAUUUGCAAGAAAACAUUCCAUGUUGUUCAUAGAGGCAAGUGCAAAAACUUGUGAUGGUGUACAGUGUGCCUUUGAAGAGCUUGUUGAAAAAAUCAUUCAGACUCCUGGACUGUGGGAGAGUGAGAGCCAAAACAGAGGUGUAAAAUUAUCAAGCAAGGAAGAAGGAUAUGGAGGAGGAGGAGCGUGUGGUGGAUAUUGUUCUAUGUUAUAAACUUUGGGAAGCUUAUUCUUUGCGUAUUUAAACAGAUAGUGACAUCUUUCUGUACAUAAAUUCAUUAAAUGCUGUUUUUAGGGACCUUGCAGUUUGCACAUACUUGUUUUGUAUCAUGGCAGUGAACACUUCUAGGAACAAUGUUCUUCAGCUUUCCCAGUUUGAAAAUGUUAUGGUAAGCAUGCCCAAUUUGCAAUCUUCAGGUUUUUAUAAGUAUCAUAAAUAAUGUGCAAGAACAAAUGCACUACAAAUUUUAUGACUGUAUACAUUCAUUGUGUAACUAUUCUAAACAAUUCUAACAGGUAUUACUGCAUUGUCUGUGCUUCGUCUUAUUUUUAAAUGCUCUUGAAACUAUAGAACUAUAUAGUGUGCACAGAUCUUUAAAACAGUGUGAGCUAUAAAUGUUACAUUUCAUCUCUUCUGUUAUUUUUUUUAAUGGUAUUAAACCCAGCAAGAAUAUACAGUACUUAGACAAAUCUGAUCAUUUUCUGUCUUUCAGCAGAGCUGUCUGAAAUACAAAUUGGCACAGGCUGUAGUUGGUAUCAGCACCUUCUUGAAGAGAUGCUUUGGAAGCUUCCUUUGCAAGCUGGCAGACACUCUUUUUUUCUUUUUAAUUAUUACUUCAGUUGAUAGCUUAACUGGAGUUUUAAUCCUGUGAUAUUUAUAUACUAAAUUUAUGGUACUCUUGCACUCUAGGUUUUUAUGAUGCAGUCUGCUCUAGACUUGCUAUAGAAAGUCUUCAUUAUUGGCAAGGGGUCUGAGUGACAUCUUUGGUCUUUCAUUGUGAAUCAGUUUGCCACACUUCAGUACAGAUGCCUAAUUUUCCUAAGUGUUUGUAAUAUAACUUUAUCUCAAACUGUAGCUCACUGUGGCUGUGAAGAUCUCUAUCACAUGUCUGCUUUGUGCAGCUACUUGUUCAGAAAUAAAACUUCCUAUCACAGACAUUAUAAAUGGGAAGCUCUAGGACUUCUCGAUUUCUGUAUGGGAAAACACUAUUGCAAUGAGUAUUCACUUGAAUUUACUGUAUCAAAGCCAAUGGUUUGUUUCAGAAGACUUGUAUAGACUAAUAAAUUUUUUCCACAGUAUUCAACUUUUCUAACCUC